AUGCUCUCAGCCUUUACCGCUCGGCCCCUGGUCGAACUCAAGCAGCGCGACAAGUCCAAGAUCGAGUCCAUACUCGCCUAUGGCGAUCGCGUGCUUGUCGGCUUGAACACUGGAGCUCUGCGCAUCUAUCGUGUCAACGACCAGAUUGAGGACCCCGACCCGGAGCAGAAGCAGAACGGCGACCAUAAUGUCGACGAGCCCGAAGCACCCACCCCGAAACCGAAAGCCGCGGACCUCUUGCGCGAGGAGGAAAAGUUCUCGCGGCGCCCUAUACAACAGCUUGCUAUAAUUAAAGAAGCCAAUAUCCUUGUCUCGCUGUCGGACAACUAUGUCUCGAUCCACGACAUCCAAACCUAUGCGCUGCAGGAAAAGUUGGAGAAGACUCGAGGUGCGACGACGUUCGCUGCGGCUAGUAAUAUCGUCAAGGACCCCUCGACAGGUAUACCGUCGAUAGUCAGCCGGCUAGCCGUUGCGGUCAAGCGAAAGAUUAUAUUGUGGACAUGGCAGGAUAUGGAAGUCACGGGCGAUGCGGUCGAAAUAUCGCUCAUCGCCUCGGUCAAGAGCUUGACGUGGGCAACGGGUACCAAGAUUGUAGCAGGAAUGGACCCCGGCUUUGUCAUGGUGAAUAUUGAGACACAAGAGGUACAAGACAUCAUCAAGCCAGGUGCGUUGGGCGAGGCAGGUGUGCAGGGCGGCGCUCGCUUUGGCGCCGUGUCUUCGUCUGGGAUGGGGUACAUGGGCAUGGGCAGCUGGGUGCCAAAGCCAUUAGCGACACGACUGGGAGAGGGUGAAAUGUUGCUCGCCAAGGAUGUGAACAGUCUGUUCAUCGACACGGACGGCAAUGCGCUCGAUCGACGACAGGUACCGUGGCAGGCUGCACCGGAAACCAUCGCAUACUCGUAUCCGUACAUGCUGGCGCUCAAUCCUCCCUCAAAGGGCAGUCUUGAGAUUAGAAACCCGGACACACUCAGUCUGUUGCAGUCGAUAUCAUUGCCAAACGUCAAUUUUCUUCAUGUACCACAGCCAAAUAUCAGCUUAGCACAUGCUGGCAAGGGAUUCUUGGUGGCGAGCGACCGGUGCAUAUGGCGCAUGGGAGCACAAAGUUACGAGACGCAGAUUGACCAACUAGUCGCAAAUGGACGUUACGACGAGGCGCUCUCUCUGCUGAACAUGCUGGAAGACACGCUAUUGUUGGACAAGGAAGAGCGGGUGCGUGAGAUUCGCAUGCUCAAAGCACAUGCUCUGUUUGAUCAUAAAAAGUAUCAAGAGGCUAUGGAGCUGUUCACAGACGCCCGAGCGCCACCUGAGCGAGUCAUUGCGUUAUACCCCAGAUCCAUUGCGGGGAAUUUGGCACCAGAAGAGAGCGUCAAGGGUGAUGGUAGCGUGGCCGACGAAGAAGAACCAACCAUGGAAAGGAAGGACAACGACCCCAAAGAUGCGGCACCUGGCGCCGUGUCGACCAUUGGCCGUUCGAUGAUGGGCCGCCUUGUCGGACACAAAAAGGUAGACUCAGACACCGUCUCUGUUCGCGCAUCCUCUGUCAAAGACGACGCAGCCGAGACCUCGAGCGUCAAGAAGCGCACCACCGACACGCCUCCGCCCGAAAAGGCCAUCCAAGAUAAAGACUUUAUCAACUCGGUCAGGGGUCUCCAACAAUUCCUUGCCCAGUGCCGUGUCCAGAUCAAGCGGUACAUUGAUACGGACGGUAAUCUCAAAGAACCUCUCCCCACGCCUAGUAGCUCCCAACUGGAAGCGGAAAAGCCGCCGUUCUACUACCUCAUCCACGAAUCUGCACACCCCAUCCCAGGAGACGGCGACAUGGACUGGAAAGCCCAACUGCUCUCCGUCGCGCAACUCGUCGACACCGCCCUAUUUCGUGCCUACAUGAUUGCCAGCCCUAGUCUUGCAGGCUCGCUCUUCCGCCUCCCCAACUUUUGCGAGCCCGACGUUGUGCAGGAGAAGCUGUACGAAACGGGCCGGUAUGCGGAUUUAAUCGACUUUUUGCAUGGCAAGGGUCUCCAUCGCCAGGCCCUCGAGCUCCUGGAGAAAUUCGGCAAGAACGAGGCGGACGAGGAGGUUGCGCCGGCACUCCAAGGUCCCCAGCGCACCGUCGGCUACCUCCAACAACUGCCGCCCGAGAUGAUUGACCUGAUUCUCGAAUUCGCAGAGUGGCCGCUCCGCGUCGACCCAGAUCUCGGCAUGGAAGUCUUCCUCGCCGACUCGGAGAAUGCGGAGACGCUGCCGCGCAACCAGGUGUUGGAAUUUUUGCAAAAGAUUGAUGUCAAGUUGGCCGUUGCUUACCUCGAACAUGUGAUUGAGGAGCUGAAUGAUUUGAAUCCCGAGUUUCAUCAGCGGUUGGUCGAUUUGUUUUUGGAGCGGUUGAGGAAGGGGGAGGGGGAGUUUGGGGGUGGGGAGAGGGAGAGGGCGGAGUGGAGGGAGAGGUUGCAGCGGUUUUUGAGGACGAGUGCGAAUUAUAACAAGAGUCGUGUGUUUCAGCAGUUGCCGGGGAAUGAUCCGGAUUACUACGAGGCGAGGGCGAUUGUGUUGAGUAAGAUGGGACAGCAUAAACAGGCGCUUGCCAUUUAUGUGUUUCAGUUGCAGGACUAUCAGAAAGCAGAGGAGUAA